CUUUACUUUCAUGAGCGGAUCUGAUUGUCCAGAAAUGUAGACCCAGGAAGCUGUAUAUUUGGAGCCGCUGUAUCAUAUCCUCAUAAUCUUAUGAACAUUAAGUAUUGCUUCGCUUCGUGUCCACUGUGGACGCCGGAAAUGAGGACGCCGCUGAGAGAGGACUGUCCGUGUCUCUGCCAGCAUUCCCAGGGAUGAUGUGCUCGUGUUUUUAAUAUUGACUCACGUCACAUCCAGACAUCACCAUUAAACUUUCAAAAUGAGGAUCAUCGUGUCUCUGUUAAAAAACGCUAACCCCAAAAUCGAGUAUUACUCCAGGUUUUCACCGUCCCCGCUGUCCAUUAAGCAGUUUUUGGAUUUUGGCAGGGAGAAUGCAUGUGAGAAAACAUCUUAUAUGUUCCUGCGUAAGGAACUGCCAGUGCGGCUGGCUAACACAAUGAGAGAGGUCAACCUGCUGCCCGAUAACCUGCUCAGCCAGCCCUCCGUCAGACUGGUCCAGAAAUGGUACAUGCAAAGCUUUGUGGAGCUGCUGGAUUAUGAGAACAGAAAACCAGAGGACCCUCACACUCUCAAUGAUUUCCUUGAGGUUUUGAUUGAGAUCCGUAACCGUCACAACGAUGUGGUUCCCACCAUGGCUCAGGGGGUCAUCGAAUACAAGGAAAAAUUUGGCUUUGACCCCUUCAUCAGCAGCAACAUACAGUAUUUUCUCGACCGCUUUUACACCAACCGCAUCUCUUUCCGCAUGCUCAUCAACCAGCACACCCUCCUGUUUGGUAACGAUACCAACCCAGCCCAUCCGAAACACAUCGGCAGCAUCGAUCCCAACUGCAACGUAGCGGAGGUUGUCAGGGAUGCCUACGACACUGCCAAGAUGUUGUGCGAGAAGUACUACUUAGCUGCUCCUGAGCUCAAGAUUGAAGAAUUCAACAUGAAAGCUCCUAAAAAGCCUAUUCAAGCUGUGUAUGUGCCCUCACAUCUGUUCCACAUGUUAUUUGAGCUUUUCAAGAACUCGAUGAGGGCAACAGUGGAGCUUCAUGAGAACAGUAAGGAGGGAUUACCACCAGUAAAAGCAAGAGUCACUCUAGGUAAAGAGGAUCUCUCAAUAAAGAUCAGUGAUAAAGGGGGAGGAGUUGCUUUGAGGAAGAUAGACCGACUGUUUAACUACAUGUACUCCACUGCCCCGACGCCAAGCCUGGAGCCAGGAGCUGUGCCACUGGCUGGUUUUGGUUACGGUUUACCCAUUUCACGGCUUUAUGCCCGAUACUUCCAGGGGGAUCUAAAGCUCUACUCCAUGGAGGGAGUAGGAACAGAUGCAGUCAUCUAUCUGAAGGCUCUGUCUAGUGAGUCCUUUGAGCGCCUGCCUGUCUUCAACAAGUCAGCGUGGCGGCAUUACAAGACCAGCCCUGAAGCUGAUGACUGGAGCAACCCCAGCAAGGAGCCACGAGAUGCCAGCAAGUCCAUAUACAAAGCCAACAGAUAACUGCUCAGUCUGCUAGCUUAGCCUUCUUCUGGGAGCCAGAAUGCCUGCACUCUGCGUGGAGCAUGUAUGCUGAAAUGUUGCCCUUGGGUGAAGGCUUUGUUUAGAGUCAGACUUGCUAUUUCUGGUAAAAAGUUUAUUAAGGUGGAAUGACAUUGACUUAAAAUUUUCCCAGUGGCAAUAAUCUUCAUCAGCAUAGCUUUCAUUGUUGUGACUCAAAACUGAACCUCUUCUAGAUUGUAGAUCCCCAGUGUCUAACCCCAUUUACAAAUGACCAGUUAUUUAUGGGAAAUCUUGAGAAAUGUAGCUCUAUUCACUGCAUCACUGCAAUCUCUUCCUCUGUUUCAUGCAGUUUGGCCUGACUCAGCUUUGCUGACCAGGCCGUUGCUCCCUGUGGCUGAAUAAGCCAGGGCUUGCUGAUUGAGUGUCUUUCUUACCGUUAGUAGAGGCUUGUAUUGUUUCCUCCUUUCACAACACAGGCAGGGUCUGGGUUUGAGUUUCUGUGGAAAUGUCAAGAGGAGGAGGUUUAAUUUCUUUCCUUUGGGAGACACCUCUGAGUGAAUGCUUAUUUAGGCCAGUGUGCCGUUACCAUGGCAAAAGACCAGAUUUAGUUGCAGCUUUUUGUUUUUUAGUCAGGGGGAAUUGAAAAAGAUUAUUUAUAAAUGGGGUCAGCAUUUUUGUUUUAUGUCAGUGACAGAAUGCCUUACUUAAGAUAAACUUAAGGUAUAAUUUAAGUUUUAAGAGAAAUGCCUUGAAGGCUCAACUGGAACUUAAAAAAAUCAUGAAGGGAAAGGAUUAAAGUGGUAGGAGUAUUUUGUUUGUAUUUUGUUCAGUUUUAUUCUGAUUUUAACCAGCUACCCAGUUACAGACGUCUUAUCAUUUCUGCUUGCAGUUCAGUGCUAUAUCCUGAUUUAAAUAACAAUUAAAGGACCAAAUGAGCAUCUCUAAUAAGCUUAGAAAAUACCACCAUUCCAGCAUUGUCUGCUGAGUAGCUUUAACCACACCAGCAAGAUGUAUUGUAUAAUUUUCUUAGAAGGGAAUGGACCUAUUACAUCUAACAUGGGAUACGGCUCUGCAUGUCUUUGUUUUACCCAUCUAACAUGUUACUGUAAACUUGCCAUGAUGGAUAGACAGCAUGCGCAUAGUGUUGGAUCUCGUAUCUGCUUUUGGCUUCUUCCAGUCACCUUGUGUCUAAUCUGUAGCUUAACUAAUCCUUACAGUCUUCUGAAUGAGUUUGAACAAAAUUUGUGAAUUUUUUUUCUUACAAGUGAGGAGUUGAUCUCUGACUUAAAUUUGUCUUAAAUUGGUGGCGAUUACUGUUAAUGAUACUUUAAUUUAUACAACAUGAAGGAAUAUGGCACACAAUGGUGAGCAUUUAGAUAAAACUCUUACAGUUAAAUCAUCUUUGGGCACUGAAAAUAUUGCAUUAAAUCGUCCAGUUCUGUCACAUGGA